AUGUCGGUUUUACACUUUAUUUUCUUUCUGUGGGUUCUAUUCGCAAUUGAAUACGUUCAUAGUUCUGGAAAGGGUUGUGCCCCGGGACAGAAUAAAGGAGGAACAGAUCCCUCCUGCCCGAGUCCAGGAGGAUCACCUGGGGGCACCACAGAAGCCACAACAGCGGAAACUACCACAGCAGUCCCCACGCGACAGUAUUCCUCAGCUUCACAAAUGUCAUCUUUCAUCGUGGACACUUUUACGGCUUCCACAGCUUCUUACAACAAUUUAAUUUUUCCGAGAAAAAAUUUUAGUGAAACGAUUUUAGUAGACAUUGGUUUUAGCUUAAUCGCAAUCACUGACUUUGAUGAAGUAGCUGGAACUUUGGAGGUAAUUGGGAUUUUGACAAUAACUUGGUAUGAUGAGUUAGUAGAUGACUCUUACAGCAGUAGUGAUCAUGGACCAUUUACAGAGAUCGCUAUACCUAAUGAAUUUCUCUGGAAACCGCCAGUUUCCCUGUUUAACUCUGCUUCAGCUAUUGAGCCGGUAGGCGAUCCUUCUAAUUAUGUCCGAAUGUACAGGGUCGAUGAUUCAAGUAAUCCGUAUAAUCGACAUGGUAAAAUGGAAUGGAGACCAGGUGUGAUUACAAAAACGGGAUGCGUAGUAGAUGUGGCAUAUUUUCCUUUCGAUAGGCAAACCUGUAACAUUACAUUCACCCACUGGGGUUUUACUGACAAACAAGUAAAAUUCGAACCAUCCACAUCCACUUUAGAUUUGACAGAUUAUUCACCGUCGGACGAGUGGAGUAUUACGCAGUCAAGGCUGAUUGAGGAAACAGUUGAUGGUGGUUCGUUUGUGAAAAUAGAAAUAACAUUAGAACGAAAGCCGACUUACUAUAUGGUUAACUUCUUCCUGCCAAUUAUCAUUUUGGGUAUUUUGACUGCUUUAGUGUUCAUCCUGCCUUUGGAGAGUGGAGAGAGAGUAGGGUACUCCGUAACAGGGUUCCUUACCUUUGCAGUGUACUUGACCUUAAUUGCAGAGGGAAUGCCAAGGACAUCCGAACCAAUGGCCAUCCUCAGCUACUACCUGAUGUCAAUGGUCGUUGUAAGCGCAGCAGCUACUAUUAUUACCGUUUUCACUCUUCGUAUAUUCUUAAAAGAAGAAGACGAUCCUAUUCCAGGUUGUUUAGUCUACUUCAUUGCAUUUCUGAAUUGUUUAGUCUGCACGAAAGAGGAAGAUGAAGAUGAUGAAACGCCGUUAUUAGGUGCAAAUGCACUGGAAUUACGGACGAGGAGAGGAGGGUCAGCCAAGACUCCAAGAUCCAGAAUUGAGGUGGACAAUGAAAGUCUCGACAGUGAUGAACAUCCUGAAAAUCGAUACGACGUAGACUGGAAACUUGUGGCUAGUACAUUGGAUAUAUUUUCUCUGAUUGCUAUUAUGGCAGGUAGUGUGGCCAUUGCAAUUGUGUUUUUGGUUCCAUUAGCUGCUCAGAUGUGAACUUUAACAUUAAAAUUUUCGUUUGAAUUUCUGCUUUGGUAAGAAAUCAAAAUAUUA